GCGACGCGAAAUGAGAAACUCGGCUAUCUCGGGUGACCCGCGGUCACUGUCACACUCAGAUCGAGGUACACAGCUCCAUUAGACCGUGCGAUACGGAAACUAUUAAAUGAAAUUUUAAAUUAUUUCGAAAACAUAUAAAUGCACAGGGAAUGUUGUACAAAUUGAGCUGAAAGGUAGAGAGUACAGAACUAAAAUUUCCGGUUUCCCACGAAAUGACUAGUUUUAUCUGAAUUCUAGAUGAAUAGUUAUAUGGACAUGGUGCAUAUAAAUUGAAGUUGAGAGCGUCCUAUCUUUUAUAGAAUUCAAAAUCCCACAAUAUGAUGAUUUUUCAUUGAACACAAGAUUUGGUGUGCAAAAAUAUUUCACUUUUCAUACUUAUAUGAAAAAGAUGUAAACAAAUCAUCAUAGAGAUGGAACCUUCGAAAUCUUCCCAUCAAAUCAGCUGCCGUCUUAUUGAGAGUGACAGAUGCAUAUAAUUAUAAAUUUGCGUCCAAGCGAUGACGAGCGUUAUUGGGUUUGUAGUGGCGGCUGACCCGAGCUCGUGUCGUGUUCACCGUUACCGUGUGCCCGUUUCGACGCGACUGGUUCGCGAGUGCUCGGUAAAAGCGAGGCCGACGAAGCCGGCCGGCAGUCCGCGUUGGAGCCCCGACCGCACGCGAUGCUGCUGCUGGCUCUCUCCGCAGCCCUGGCGGUUGCCGCCGCCGCCCCCGCCUCCUACGACCAGCGCCAGGACGGCGACUUCAACGUCCGCGCCGACCUCCAAAAUGUAGUCCUACUCAUCGCUCUACCCAAAAAAAUGCCAGUCUCGUCGGAUUUUCUAGAUCUGUUCAGGAAGAACGUAAAACAUAACGAGCUGCAGGACAGGGCGGAUCACGUUAUGGACGCGUUCGUCGAGCCUAGCACGCCGUACCGAGUGGAGAUCGGGACGGACCGGUCGUCGGACGGUGACGGCAGAGCUGUCGAGGUGGUGAUAGCUGGUCGUCGUCACGGCAGCGUGGAGAGUGAGGACACAGACUCCCGGGAGUACAAGCUCGUGGGCGCUAUGGAGCAGUGCGGGCCCGACAUGGAGCGCGACCCGGACACGCUGGCCUGUCGCGCCAAGCUGCCGGAUCGCCCGCCGGAGCCCCAGGACUCCAAACUAGACGACCCAGCCACGGCGGUGCAGCCCGAAGUCAUCCCCGUCGCGUAGUCUCACGAUCUCUGCAUGUAUAUAAGUUAUUUAUUUAUUUGAAAGCUUCCGCCAUUUUAAUUUAUUGUAAAGUAAUUCUUAUUUUUGUUAAGUAAAUAAAGAUUAAAAUU